AUGGCGCAGUACGCUGCUACCCCGACCCAGUCUGUGUACAUGGACGAUGGACACGGCUCGGCACGCAACUCGACACGAGCACCGCUCAUGGACCAGUCCCACUUGCGUCCCGGAAAGAGCGCCGAGCUGCUGAGCCAGGACCGCACGCUCGAGCUGUACCGUGAAAACGCAAAGAAGACAAACGACCCCGAGCUCAUUUUUGAGUUUGCAGUGUUCAUGAUCGAUGCGGCAAAGUCAAUGGUGCCUACGACGGACCCCGAGACGCCCGUCGACAUGGCCGUGGGCCGCGCGACCAACGCCACGAUUGAAAAGCGCGACGAACUCGUCAAGGAGGCCACGUCUCUGCUGCAGCGUCUCGCGUCGCGCGGAUACCCGGACGCCCAGUACUUUCUCGCCGACUGCUACGCGAACGGGAUCGGCACCACGCGUGGAAAGCAGGACUUUGACAAGGCGUUCCCCCUGUUUGCGCUUGCGGCCAAGCACGGCCACCCGGACGCGUGCUACCGUGCCGGAACCUGCUGCGAGCAUGGCUGGGGUACCAGGCGCGAGAGCGCAAAGGCCAUUGGAUACUACAAAAAGGCCGCUGUCGGUCUGCACCCUGGUGCCAUGUACCGCCUGGGCACUGCCGAGCUGAACGGCUCGCUGGGCCUGUCAAAGCGACCAAAGGAAGGUGUCAAGUGGCUGAAGCGUAGUGCCGAGCACGCUACAGAAGAGUUCCCACACGCACUGCACGAGCUGGCGCUGCUGCACGAGCGCGGCAUUGAAAACAUUGUCUUUGUCGACUUUGACUAUGCCGCCGAGCUGCUGGCGCAGGCCAGUGAGCUCGGCUAUGCUCCCUCGGCGUUCAAGCUUGGCGAGUGCUACGAGUACGGCAAGAUGGGCUGCCCCAUCGACGCGGCCCUGUCGAUCCACUACUACAACAUUGCCGCACAGCAAAACCACCGCGAGGCGUGUUUCGCGUUGACGGCAUGGUACCUCGUCGGCGCCGACGGUGUGCUCCCGCAGUCGGACACCGAGGCGUACCUGUGGGCCAAAAAGGCCGCCGACCAAGGCCUCGCAAAGGCCCAGUACGCCCUGGGCUACUUUACCGAGACGGGCGUCGGCGUCGACGCUAACCUGCCCCAGGCGAUGAAGUGGUACCGCCUCGCCGCCGACGGCGGCGACAAGCGCGCCGCCAAGCGUCUCGCAGGCGGCAUGAAUGGCUCCGCAGCACUCAACCGCCGCCACGAGGCCGAGGCGAUGAAGGACGGCAAGCCGCUCCCAGGCGGUGGUGACAAGGACAAGGACGGGUGUGUCGUCAUGUAA